AAACAAUAAAUAAAAUAAAAUACUAAAAAUAAAAGUAAUCGCCUCUCCAUCGUCUUUCUCUCUCCAACAGCAAAGAAGACCACCCACCGCCAUCAUCGCCACCACUUCCGCCAUUACCACGGCGUCGUUUCCUAAACGAUCCACCGUCACCUUCUUUCCUCUCUCUAUCUCACACGAAAUUCAGAUUCUGUUUUGCACUUUAUAAGGCGAAAAAUCCAAAAUUCUCUCUUUCUCUAAUCGAAAACAUCACCAUUUUCUAACUUUCUUUAAUUUUCCCCGAUCAUUUCCCCCCCUUUUUCCGACAGCCAAUCAGCUGAAAAAGACACUAUCAAUUCUGCUCUUCUGUCUUUUCCACCUCAGAAUUAGGGUUCCGCUUCGACCACUGUGUGAUUCUGAUUAAGGGCUUCAACAGUGAGAGCAUUUCCGGUUUUGGAUUGGCGGAGCGAUUCCGAAUUCUCUCAGGUGAGAGGGAAUUAAGGUAUUCAAAUGGAAGCGUUUAGAAAAUUCUAGGGUUUUGUGUUAAAUUUCAAAACUAUCUACAAAAUGAUUUAGUUUCGAUAUUUCCAAACUAGAGAGCGAAAUUAGGGUUUAUGAUGACAGAUUGGUAACGAUGGUGAGGCUUCUAGGACUGACUCGAGGAGAAUCGGACUUGUUACCUCGCGAAAUCACCACCUCGAGGACUCCUCUAGCGAGUGAGUCAGGUGAAAACGGGUGGCUCAUCAGAUUCUUCGACUCGGCGUUUUUCUGUGAGUGGAUCGCCGUUAGCUAUCUUUACAAGCAUGAUCAUGCCGGGGUACGAGAUUACCUAUGUAACAGAAUGUACACACUUCCGUUAUCCGGAAUCGAAAGCUAUCUCUUCCAGAUUUGUUACAUGAUGGUUCAUAAGCCGAGCCCUUCAUUGGAUAAGUUUGUUAUUGAUAUGUGCUCAAAAUCUCUAAAAAUGGCAAUGAAGGUGCAUUGGUUUUUGUUGGCUGAGUUAGAGGAUUCGGAUGAUAAUGAAGGGAUUAGUAGGAUUCAAGAAAAGUGUCAAAUCGCUGCUACUUUGAUGGGUGAGUGGACGCCCCUUGUGCGGCCACCCAAUGCAGGUUCAAGUCCAGGGAGUAAAAACCAAGUUUUGAAUCGAAUUCUAUCAUCGAAACAGCGGUUUUUGUCAUUGACAUCUUCUCCUCCUACGCAGAGAUCAUUGUCCUUCUCGCCUUCUUUAGGGAACCAUUUGCAGGAGGAUGGUGGUAAUCAAUUGUUGUCUCCAGAGGAGAAUAAGAUUUUUAAAAAGUUUAUUCCUGGUCCGAAAGUUAGAGAUGCCUUGUUGUUUAGGAAGUCAGCUGAGAAAGAUGAAGAGGAGAAUGAAAAGGAUGGGUUUUUCAAGAGGCUGUUGAGGGACAACAGAGGGGGAGAGGAUGAGGAGUUGACAUCGAGUUCAGAUGGGUUUUUUAAGAGGCUUUUAAGGGAUAGUAAAGGAGAGGAGGAAGAAAUGACUUCGAGUUCUGAAGGAUUUUUUAAGAAGUUGUUUCGGGAUAGUAAGAGUGAUUCUGAUGAUAAAUUGGUUUCUAAGCCAGCAGAAGAUGAUGAGAAAGAAGGGUUCUUUAAGAAGUUUUUUAAAGAUAAAUUUGAGGACAAGAAAGAUGUGAAUGAUAGAAUUGAUGAUGAACAUAUGGUGAACUCUGAAGAGAAAGCUUCAAAAUCAGCUGAAGAUGAUGAAAAAGAGGGGUUUUUCCGGAAAUUUUUUAAGGAUAAAUUUGAAGACAAGAAAGAUGGAAAUGAUAAAAUUGAUGAUGGGAAUGUCCACGGUGACUUUGAGGAAAAAAUUUCAAAAUCUGCUGAAGAUGAUGAAAAGGAGGGUUUCUUUCGGAAAUUUUUUAAGGAUAGAUUUGAGGACAAGAAAGAUGGGAAUGAUAAAAAUGAUGAUGGUGACGAAGAAGAAUCUUCAGAUUUCCCACUGUUCCGAAGACUAUUUCGAGUGCAUCCGGAAGAGAAUAAAACUAGUACAGCAAAUGAACGCAGCAAUAGUGGCGGUUUGUUUGAGAGCAGUCCAGGGACUGAGAACUUCUUCCGCAAACUUUUUAGGGACCGUGAUCGUUCAAUUGAAGAUUCAGAGUUGUUUAGUUCAAAGAACCACAAAGAGAAGCAUCCUGGUUCGCCUAAGCAACAGAAUGAUAAGUCAAAUGCCAAACCUCCACUUCCAAAUAAUUCUAUAUCACAAUUUCGAAAAGGGGCUUAUCAUGAUUCAUUGGAUUUUGUACUGUCAUUAUGUGAGACAUCAUAUGGCUUGGUAGAUGUUUUUCCAAUCGAAGAUCGCAAAACUGCUCUUCGUGAGUCACUUGCAGAGAUUAAUUUGCAUGUAGCUGCGGCCCAAAACAAUGGAGGAGUUUGCUUUCCGAUGGGAAAGGGGAUGUAUCGUGUGGUUCAUAUUCCUGAAGAUGAAGCUGUUCUUUUGAAUUCUAGGGAAAAAGCACCAUAUCUUAUCUGUGUUGAAGUUUUGAAAUGUGAAUUGCCAAGCAGUACAAAGGACGCAUCUAAUGCUCAGAAGCUUUCUAGAGGAGGAAUCCCUCUGGCAAAUGGUGAUGCCUUAUUGCCAAAGCCGCCUCCAUGGGCUUAUCCUUUGUGGACUGCUCAGGAGGUGUAUCGUAAUAGUAGUGAUAGAAUGUCAAGUUCCACUGCGCAAGCUAUUGACCAGGCAAUGACUCAUAAGUCUGAGGCAAAAGUGAAAUUUGUCAAUGUGAGUUUUUCUGUAGAAAAGCAAUCAGUCAGCCAGUCAGAGAGUGUUGAAGCACCUGAUUUACAGUCUGGCAAGCAUCGUGGCAAUUUGGGUGCUGUUUCAGUUCAGGGUGGACAAGAUAUAACUCACAAAUUAAGAGCUGCUUAUGCUAGUGAUUUGGAGUGGGUAAGGGUGGUGCUGACAGCUGAUCCUGGGCUCCGAAUGGAAGACAUUGAGGGUCAAGGACUACCACGUCGGAAGGAGCACCGUCGUGUUCCAAGUACAGUUGCCAUAGAGGAAGUAAAGGCAGCUGCUGCGAAGGGAGAAGCUCCUCCUGGACUCCCUUUGAAAGGGGCUGGUCAGGAUUCAUCAGAUGCACAACCAAGGGCUAAUGGGGGUAUGCCUAAAGCUGGUGAUGCGUUAUCUGGUGAACUUUGGAAGGUGAAGAAGGAGAGAAUACGGAAAGCUUCAGUAUAUGGGAAAUUACCUGGUUGGGACUUGCGCUCUGUUAUUGUAAAGAGUGGUGAUGAUUGUAGGCAAGAGCAUCUUGCCGUGCAGCUUGUCUCUCACUUUUAUGAUAUAUUCCAAGAAGCCGGUCUUCCACUUUGGUUGCGCCCUAAUGAAGUUUUAGUUACAUCUUCUUACACAGCUCUUAUUGAAACAAUUACAGAUACGGCUUCUCUUCAUUCCAUCAAAAGUAGAUAUCCCAAUAUAUCAAGCUUACGUGAAUUCUUUGCAGCUAAGUAUAAGGAAAAUUCUCCAAGUUUUAAGCUGGCCCAGAGAAAUUUUGUUGAAAGUAUGGCUGGGUAUUCCCUAGUGUGCUAUCUUCUGCAGGUGAAGGAUAGGCACAAUGGAAAUCUCUUACUGGAUGAAGACGGUCACAUCAUACAUAUAGAUUUUGGCUUCAUGCUCUCCAAUUCACCGGGUGGUGUAAAUUUUGAGAGUGCACCAUUCAAAUUAACCCGUGAACUUCUUGAGGUCAUGGAUUCUGAUGCUGAGGGAGUUCCAAGUGAAUUUUUUGAUUACUUUAAGGUAUUAUGCAUCCAAGGCUUCCUAACCUGCCGUAAGCAUGCAGAGCGCAUAAUUCUUCUUGUUGAAAUGCUGCAGGACUCUGGUUUCCCAUGCUUCAAAGGUGGUCCACGAACAAUACAAAACUUAAGAAAACGAUUCCAUUUAAGUUUAACCGAAGAGCAAUGUGUGUCAUUGGUGCUUUCCCUGAUCAGUAGCAGUUUGGAUGCCUGGCGGACAAGGCAGUACGAUUAUUAUCAGAGGGUUUUGAAUGGAAUAUUGUGAUUCAGAUUUGGUGUGUUGUCACAUUGUUGUUUUGGUAAAUCCAGACUGGUGAAGAUUUUCACAGGAAAAGAUACCGUUGUAUGGUUUAAGUAUAUUUGGUUCACUAUGCAAUGGCUUCAGAGGUUUUUACAAGAGAUUUUUUUGAGGGGGGGGGUGAAGGAUGAUUCAUACCUGCUUGUGGCCUGUCUUUCCUUGGUUUGAGGAAUUUGUAAUUGUAUCGGCAUAGAAAACAGUAGGAAGACUAGGGGCAAAAUCUACUGUAACAGAGUUGUCUUCAAUUUUUAAUCUCAGGUCCUCCAGUCAUGAACUCUGCUGGCUGUUGGUGAUGAAGUUACCACGAGUUGGUAUAGAAUAGUUCUACCCAUCUUGGACAUUGCACACUGUACAGAGUGAUUUCAACAUGGACAGUACAUGAGACAUGAGAUGGCUCUCAAAUAGGUCUUUGCAGGUUGAAAUUGCAGUUACUGCAAAUCUUACACGGGUUUGCCAUCGAAAGCAGCCAAGCAUUUAUGAUGUUGUACAUGCAACAUUUCCAAUUAAAGACUAUAUUUUUACGAUCAGAGGAUGGUUAGGUCGCGAGAUGGUCCAAAAUGCUUUCUGGUUCCAUCUGUUUCGCGGCUUCUCCUCCCUGGGUUUAUUUCUCCCUUACAUAGUUUCUAAGUAAAGGAUGCUUGAUUGUAUCAUAUCAUUAUUGGUUACAUUUUCUUUAGGAAGAAAUUUGUUCAUUUGAAACUGGUUAAGAAGAGUGCUGUUGGCAUUGAUAUUUUAUUCGAGUUAUUGAUUUCUUCCAUUGAAUGAAAUUUUGGUUAUGUU